AUGGAACGUCAAUCGACGACAUUUAUUCUUAUGAAAAUACUUCGAGAUUUAAGUUAUAACACCAAUGUUGAAGCUCACGAACAACAACGUCGUUUUGUUAAAGAACGCUUUCAACGUUCGAAUAAAAAUAUCGAACGUUGCAUACAAACAUCAUCAACAGAUCUGACAGAAUUAAUGGUCAAUUAUUCGGAUAUUUACACUUCAAUUGAACAAUCGAAACUUCGAGUGGAAAAUGUUCGUGAACGUUUACGUGAGUGUAAAAACUUACUACUAUUAAAACGGCAAGAUAUACGCAAGCUAUGGAUAUUAUCGUCAGAACAAAAUGCUCUCGUUCAAAUUUAUGAUAAUUUAAGCGAAUUAAAGUCUGUUCCAUCGCGCCUACAGUUUUAUCUAAGUAAACAAUUAUAUAUUCAUGCUUCACUCCUGCUGAUUCGCGCACGGGAAUGUCAAGAAUUACGUUUAAUUAAUGGCUUGGUUGACACUGAUAUCCGAAUAAAAGAAGAACGUGUAACAUUAGAAGAUCAAUUACGUUUUCAAUUGAUCGAUCAGUUAUUCGAUAAACCUUGUCGAGAUAUCCUUGGAAAUAAAACCUUAUCGGCAACAGCAAGUAAAACAGAUCAAAAUACAUUGAAACGUCUCAGAGAAAAUCGCCUUCUACGAAAGCAACUCGAUCAAGAAUUCGAAGAAGGAAAACUCAAGCUCGAAUCUCAUUCGCUAGCUAUCAUACCGGAUAAAUAUAUGCUAGUCGACAUUCGUCAACAAGCGCCAGAUUUAUACCUUGAUGUUCUAUUGCAAUCAUUAUCAGUUCUUUCGAACCUUAACGAAACACUUGAUUUCAUACAAAAACAAUUACCCGAGCAAUUCUAUCGAUGUGUGUUACGAGCGACUCAACAUAUAAUCGAUUCGAACUACAUGUCAAAUAACAAUUCCAAUCAAAAUCUAACAGUGAAUAAUCCCGAUUGUCUUCGAGAUUUAUUAGAAACUUGCUACGAGCAAUUCAAACUUGUGAUUAAAACAUUCGAACAUCUAUUAAGUACGUUGAAACAAAUCCAAGAACACCAAUCGCCCGUUCAAAUCCAACAAGACGAAUAUUUGAAGUCAUGUCAACAGCGUGGUCAAAAGCCAUCAGCAGUCCCAUUUGAAAUUCCUUUUAUUUUCUCUAUCGAACUUCUCUGGGAAACUUUACAACAAGUUCUCAGCGAUGUUUUGAAUGAAUAUAUUGACUAUCAUAAUACAAUGAAUACGUUAACAACGAAUUCAUCGUCGAUAUCGGACGCAACUGAAUACGUCGAUCGUCCGUCGUUGAUUGAUUUUUCUCAAUACUUAACAAAAAAAGCACCGGCACGUCCUCAGCAAAUUCCACGUAUCUUUGCUUUUUCUCAAUCGGCGCAAUUUAAUUCAAUGAUCUCGUACUUACAAGAACAAAAUCGUUUCGUUAUCGAACAGAAAUCUUCGACAACCAAAACGCCUACCAUUGCUUACAAACAAUAUGUCUGUAAACCGAACUAUCGCAAUGUUACCGUUGUGCACGAUGUUCUUCAACGCAUCAUUGAAGACAUCGAUAUGAAUUACAAGUUGCAUCCAACUAAACGUACACUCGAUCGAAAAUUAACUGAUUUCAUUCGUGAUUGUUUCAUUGGUCGUGUUAUUAAAGAUAUACGUGAAUCUGCUCAAUUGUCUUCAACUUCUUCGACAAUUGCUGAUCAAAAUCGUCUUGUCGAAUUAAUUCCAUUAGUUUUACAAAAACAGCUGCAAUUACCUACACCAAUUCUUCAAACAUCUUAUUUAAUCUUCAAAUCUUGUGAAGAAUUAUGUGCAUUAGUGAAAUGUCUUCCGACGUACGCUGAUGACUUUUGUCAAGCAAUUGCUGACUUACUUUUCAAUCACCGUGAAUCUUGUAAUAAAACAUUCCUUUCCAUUGUCGAAAAAGUAGAUUCAACGGGCAUUUCAAUCUAUUCGAAUGAAUGGGUUAAAGAUCCGGAUAUUAAUCGACAUUUACGAACAUUACCCGCAUUUGAUACAUUUAUUCGAACGACUAGACAACAACAGUUCAAAAUUGAUGAAGAACGUGAGAACGUGGACAAUAUCCGAUUCCGCCAAACAAAAGAAACUGAAACGCUAUUCAUCAAUCUUAGUCCAAAGGAAAUGAAUCCAGAUGAUAUUUGUACGAAUUAUAAACACAUCAUGAUCUUAGCAACUAUUCAUGAGAGUCUAGAUUGGUUAUAUGUUAAUUUGUUACACUACUUCGAUAUCUUAGAUAGAUGUCUAAUCGAUCCAAAACAUUUAGAUGCGUUAACACAGACUACAGUCACCUCUGCUUUUCCAUCGCGAUCGGUCAAACAGACUUUUUCCAAGUAUGACCAAUUGAAACUUUCUCGUGCAAACUUAGAAAUGUUGUCAAGUGCAAUGAAAACGAUUUUCACUCUCUCCUACGACAUUCUACUUGUUCUAUUCCUCGAAGUUCGUGUUCAUUGCUUCUAUCAUUCAUCGUUACUGUUCAACAAUUCACUGAUGUACUCCUAUGCAGUCGAUUCUGAUCCCGAUGAGAACAUUAUAACUCUGAAUCGUGAUUUAACACGCCUACAAGAAACCCUGCGAUCAUCAUUAACCGAAAAAAAGUUCACAUUCAUUCUCCAAGGCAUUGGCCUUGUUUUAGCCACAAUAAUGAUUCGGUCAGCACCACGUUUUCAUCGUAUCAGCGAAUCAGGUAUCACCAAAAUGUGUCGCAAUAUAUUCACCCUUGAGCAAACUUUGGCACAAACUCGAACAGUCGGAGAUGCGGAACUGAUGCGUGCACAUCACUAUUACGAGUUAUUGUACACAACCAAACCCGAAGAAAUUCUUAAUUCAAUUGAAGAACAUGGACCUCAGUAUAGUGAGCAGGACUAUAUUAAUUUAUUACAGUUACAACAUCGAAGUUUCCUUGCGAAUGAUCGUGGAAACUUUGAUUUGAGUAAAUAUGAAGCUUUGAUUCGUAAUCUCUUACGUCCAAAGCCCGAAGCCAGUAAUUAG